UUGACCAAUACUCUUCUUUCUUUCUUUUCUUUGUACCGAAUACUCUUCUUUUUUCUUUCUUUGUACCAGAAUACUCUUUCUUUCUUUCUUUCUUUGACCGAAUACUCUUCUUUCUUUCUUUCUUUCUUUUGUACCAGAUAUCUUCUUUCUUUCUUUUCUUUUGAAUACUUCUUUCUUUUUUUCUUUGUACCGAAUACUCUUCUUUCUUUCUUUCUUUUGUACCAAAUACUUUCUUCUUUUCUUUUUUCUUUCUUUCUACCGAAUACUUCUUUUUUUUCUUUCUUUAUACUCUUCUUUCUUUCUUUACCGAAUACUCUUCUUUUUUUUUCUUUGUACCGAAUACUCUUCUUUCUUUCUUUUGUUACCAGAUACUCUUUUUUCUUUCUUUGUUUGCUAAUACUCUUCUUUCUUUCUUUCUUUGUACCGAAUACUCUUCUUUCUUUCUUUGUACCAGAUACUUCUUUCUUUCUUUCUUUGCUCUUCUUUCUUUCUUUCUUUCUGUACCAUUAUACUCUUCUUUCUUUCUUUCUUUGCAGAUGUACUCUUCUUUUUUUCUUUCUUCUUUUCUUUCUUUCUUUGUACAGAAUACUCUUCUUUCUUUCUUUCUUUGUACCGAAUACUCUUCUUUUUCUUUCUUUCUUUGUACCUUUGAAUACUCUUCUUUCUUUCUUUUUCUUUGUACCGAAUACUCUUCUUUCUUUCUUUCUGUGUGUACCGAAUACUCUUCUUUCUUUCUUUUGUACAGAUACUCUUCUUUCUUUCUUUGUACCAGAAUACUCUUCUUUCUUUCUUUCUGUGACCGAUACUCUUCUUUUCUUUCUUUUCUUUGUACCUUUCUUUUCUUUCUUUUUGUUACCAUACUCUUCUUUCUUUCUUUCUUUCUUUUAUACUCUUCUUUUUUCUUUCUUUGCUUUGACCUCUUCUUUCUUUCUUUUCUUUUCUUUCUUCUUUCUUUCUUUGUACCAGAAUACUCUUCUUUUUUCUUUCUUUGUACCGAAUACUCUUCUUUCUUUCUUUUUUCUUUGUACCGAAUACUCUUCUUUUUUCUUUCUUUUGACCGAAUACUCUUUCUUUUUUCUUUCUUUUCCGAAUAAUUUUUCUUUCUUUCUUUGUACCCGAAUACUCUUCUUUCUUUCUUUCUUUUUUGUACUUUUCUUCUUCUUUCUUUCUUUUGACUUUGAUACUUCUUUCUUUCUUUUUUUCUGUAUACUCUUCUUUCUUUCUUUGUACAGAAUCUUUCUUUCUUUGUACCGACUACUCUUUUUUCUUUCUUUCUCCGAUUACUCUUUUUCUUUUCUUUCUGUGUACCGAAUACUCUUCUUUCUUUUCUUUCUUUGUAACCGAAUACUCUUUCUUUCUUUCUUUGUACCGAAUACUCUUCUUUCUUUCUUUCUUUUGACCGACUACUUCUUUCUUUCUUUCUUUGUACCAGAUACUCUUCUUUCUUUCUUUCUGUGUACCAAUACUCUUCUUUCUUUCUUUCUUUCUGUGUACCAGAUACUCUUCUUUCUUUCUUUCUUUGACUACUCUUUCUUUCUUCUUUCUUUCUUUGUACCGAAUACUCUUCUUUCUUUCUUUCUGUGUACGAAUACUUUUCUUUCUUUCUUUGUACCAAUGCUCUCUUUCUUUCUUUCUUUGUACCCAAUACUCUUCUUUCUUUCUUUCUGUACCAAAUACUCUUCUUUCUUUCUUUCUGUGUACCGAUACUCUUCUUUCUUUCUUUCUUUGUACCAGAAUACUCUUCUUUCUUUCUUUCUUUGUACCAGAAUACUCUUCUUUCUUUCUUUUCUUUGUACCGAAUACUCUUCUUUCUUUCUUUUGUACGAAUACUCUUCUUUCUUUCUUUGUACCGACUACUCUUCUUUCUUUCUUUCUGUGUACCGAAUACUUACUUCUUUCUUUCUUUCUUUGUACCAGAUACUCUUCUUUCUUUCUUUCUUUGUACUUUCUUUCUUUCUUUUGUACCAGAUACUCUUCUUUCUUUCUUUUUACCGAUUACUCUUCUUUCUUUCUUUCUUUCUUCUUUUUCUUUCUUUUUUUGACUACUUCUUUCUUUCUUUCUUUUUUUCUUUUCUUUUGUACUCUUCUUUCUUUCUUCUUUCUUUCUUUCUUUGUACCAGAAUCUCUUCUUUCUUUCUUUCUUUUGACCGAAUACUCUUCUUUCUUUCUUUCUUUUUAACAGAUACUCUUCUUUCUUUCUUUCUUUGUACCAGAUCCUCUUCUUUCUUUCUUUCUUUUGACCAGAUACUCUUCUUUCUUUCUUUUUCUUUUGACCACUCUUCUUUUUUCUUUCUUUGUACAGAAUACUCUUCUUUUUUCUUUCUUUCUUUUUACCAGAUACUCUUCUUUUCUUUCUUUUCUUCUUUCUUUGUACCGAAUACUCUUCUUUCUUUCUUUCUUUCUGUGUGCCAGAUAUACUCUUCUUUCUUUCUUUCUUUUGCCAGAUACUCUUCUUUCUUUCUUUGUACCGAAUACUCUUCUUUCUUUCUUUCUGUGUACCGAAUACUCUUCUUUCUUUUUCUUUCUGUGUACCAGAUACUCUUCUUUCUUUCUUUCUUUGUACCAGAUACUCUUCUUUUUUCUUUCUUUGUGUACCGAAUACUCUUCUUUCUUUCUUUCUUUGUACCGAAUACUCUUCUUUCUUUCUUUCUGUACCGAAUACUUCUUCUUUCUUUCUUUGUACCAGUCUUUUCUUUCUGUGUACCAGAAUACUCUUCUUUCUUUCUUUGUACCGAAUACUCUUCUUUCUUUCUUUGUACAGAUACUCUUCUUUCUUUCUUUCUGUGUACCAGAUACUCUUCUUUCUUUCUUUUUUUUGAAUACUCUUCUUUCUUUUCUUUCUUUCUUUGUUUGCGAAUACUUCUUUCUUUCUUUUUACCAGAUCUUUCUUUCUUUCUUUGUCUUUCUUUCUUUCUUUUUUCUUUUGACCAUUACUCUUCUUUCUUUCUUUUUUGUACCGAAUACUCUUCUUUUUCUUUUCUUUGUUUCUUUCUGUACUCUUCUUUCUUUCUUUUCUUUGACCCUCUUCUUUCUUUCUUUCUUUUGACCAGAAUUUCUUUCUUUCUUUCUUUGUACCAAUAUACUCUUUCUUUUUUCUUUCUUUCUUUGUACCAAAUACUCUUCUUUCUUUCUUUCUUUGUACCGACUCUUCUUUUUCUUUCUUUCUUUCUUUGUACCCGAUACUCUUCUUUCUUUCUUUCUUUUGACCGAAUACUCUUCUUUCUUUCUUUCUUUUGUACCGAAUACUCUUUUUCUUUCUUUUCUUUGUACCGAUAUACUUCUUUUUCUUUGUACCGACCUCUUCUUCUUUUCUUUCUUUGGCCUUACUCUUCUUUCUUUCUUUCUUUGUACCAGAUACUCUUCUUUCUUUCUUUCUUUGUACCAGAAUACUCUUCUUUCUUUCUUUUGUUUGCCGAAUACUCUUCUUUCUUUCUUUGUACCAGAAUACUCUUCUUUUUUCUUUCUUUCUUUGUACCAAUACUCUUCUUUCUUUCUUUCUUUUUGACCAGAUACUCUUCUUUCUUUCUUUCUUUGUUUGAAUACUCUUCUUUCUUUCUUUCUUUCUUUCUACUCUUCUUUCUUUCUUUCUGUGUACCGAAUACUCUUCUUUUUUUCUUUCUUUGUACCUUUCUUUACUCUUCUUUCUUUCUUUCUGUGUACCGAAUACUCUUCUUUCUUUUCUUUCUUUUGUACCGAAUACUCUUCUUUCUUUCUUUUCUUUGUACCAGAUACUCUUCUUUCUUUCUUUCUUUGUACCGAUACUCUUCUUUCUUUCUUUCUUUGUUGAAUACUCUUCUUUCUUUCUUUCUUUGUACCAGAUAUACUCUUCUUUCUUUCUUUCUUUUGACCGAAUACUUUCUUUCUUUCUUUGUACCGAAUACUCUUCUUUCUUUCUUUCUUUUGACCACUACUACUCUUCUCUUCUUUCUUUCUUUAUACUCUUCUUUCUUUCUUUCUUUGUACCAAUACUCUUCUUUCUUUCUUUCUUUGUACCGAAUACUCUUCUUUCUUUCUUUCUUUUCUUUGUACCGAAUACUUUCUUUCUUUCUUUGUACCGAAUACUCUUCUUUCUUUCUUUGUACCGAAUACUCUUCUUUCUUUCUUUCUGUGUACCGAAUACUCUUCUUUCUUUCUUUUGACCGAAUACUCUUCUUUCUUUCUUUCUUUGUACCGAAUACUCUUCUUUCUUUCUUUCUGUGUACCGAAUACUCUUCUUUCUUUCUUUCUUUUGACCGAAUACUCUUCUUUCUUUCUUUCUUUGUACCGAAUACUCUUCUUUCUUUCUUUGUACCGAAUACUCUUCUUUCUUUCUUUCUUUCUUUCUUUCUUUCUUUGUACCGAAUACUCUUCUUUCUUUCUUUGUACCGAAUACUCUUCUUUCUUUCUUUGUACCGAAUACUCUUCUUUCUUUCUUUCUGUGUACCGAAUACUCUUCUUUCUUUCUUUCUGUGUACCGAAUACUCUUCUUUCUUUCUUUCUUUGUACCGAAUACUCUUCUUUCUUUCUUUCUUUGUACCGAAUACUCUUCUUUCUUUCUUUCUUUUGACCGAAUACUCUUCUUUCUUUCUUUCUUUGUACCGAAUACUCUUCUUUCUUUCUUUCUGUGUACCGAAUACUCUUCUUUCUUUCUUUUUUGUACAGAAGACUCUACUUUCUUUCUUUCUUUGUACCGAAUACUCUUCUUUCUUUCUUUGUACCGAAUACUCUUCUUUUCUUUCUUUCUUUGUACCGACUACUCUUCUUUCUUUCUUUCUUUUUACCAGAUACCCUUCUUUCUUUCUUUCUUUUGUACCAAUACUCUUCUUUCUUUCUUUUUUGUACCGAAUACUCUUCUUUCUUUUCUUUCUUUGUACCGAAUACUCUUCUUUCUUUUUUGUACCGACUAUCUUCUUUCUUUCUUUCUGUACCAGAUACUCUUCUUUCUUUCUUUUUUUUGUACUGAAUACUCUUCUUUCUUUCUUUCUUUGUACCGAAUACUCUUCUUUCUUUCUUUCUUUGUACCGAUACUCUUCUUUCUUUCUUUCUGUGUACCGACUACUCUUCUUUCUUUUUUCUUUCUGUGUACCGAAUACUCUUCUUUCUUUUCUUUCUUAUCUUCUUUCUUUUCUUUCUUUCAUGUACCGAAUACUCUUCUUUCUUUCUUUGUACCGAUUACUCUUCUUUCUUUUUUCUUUUGUGUACCAAAAUACUCUUUCUUUCUUUCUUUCUGUACCGAAUACUCUUCUUUCUUUUUCUUCUUUGACCGAAUACUCUUCUUUCUUUCUUUCUUUGUACCGAAUACUCUUCUUUCUUUCUUUCUUUGUACCGAAUACUCUUCUUUCUUUCUUUCUUUUGACCGAAUACUCUUCUUUCUUUCUUUCUUUGUACCGAAUACUCUUCUUUCUUUCUUUGUACCGAAUACUCUUCUUUCUUUCUUUCUUUGUACCGAAUACUCUUCUUUCUUUCUUUCUUUGUACCGAAUACUCUUCUUUCUUUCUUUCUUUUGACCGAAUACUCUUCUUUCUUUCUUUCUGUGUACCGAAUACUCUUCUUUCUUUCUUUCUUUGUACCGAAUACUCUUCUUUCUUUCUUUCUUUGUACCGAAUACUCUUCUUUCUUUCUUUCUUUUGUACCGAAUACUCUUCUUUCUUUCUUUUGUGUACCAGGCCUCUUCUUUCUUUCUUUCUUUGUACCAUUCUCUUCUUUUUUCUUUCUUUCUUUUUCUUUCUUUCUGUACUCUUCUUUCUUUCUUUCUUUCUGUGUACCGAAUACUCUUCUUUCUUUCUUUCUUUGUACCGAAUACUCUUCUUUCUUUCUUUGUACCGAAUACUCUUCUUUCUUUCUUUGUACCGAAUACUCUUCUUUCUUUCUUUCUGUGUACCGAAUACUCUUCUUUCUUUCUUUCUUUGUUCCAGAUACUCUUCUUUCUUUCUUUUUUGUACCGACUACUCUUGUUUUUCUUUCUUUUACUUUGCGAAUACUCUUCUUUCUUUCUUUCUUUUGUACCACUCUUCUUUUUUUCUUUCUUUUGACCAGAAUACUCUUCUUUCUUUCUUUCUUUGUACCAGAUACUCUUCUUUCUUUCUUUCUUUGUGCCGAAUACUCUUCUUUCUUUCUUUUCUUUUCUUUCUUUCCCGAAUACUCUUCUUUUCUUUCUUUCUUUUGUACCGAAUACUCUUCUUUCUUUCUUUGUACCGACUACUCUUCUUUCUUUCUUUCUGUGUACCGAAUACUCUUCUUUCUUUCUUUCUUUGUACCGAAUACUCUUCUUUCUUUCUUUCUUUGUACCGAAUACUCUUCUUUCUUUUUUUCUGUGUACCAGAUACUCUUCUUUUCUUUCUUUCUUUUGACCAUACUCUUCUUUCUUUUUCUUUCUUUGUACCAAUAAAAUUCUUUUCUUUCUUUACCGAUAUACUCUUUCUUUCUUUCUUUGUACCGAAUACUCUUCUUUCUUUCUUUCUUUGA